GCCUGCUUAAGCAUGUGGAAUACAAACAGAAUUUGGCUGUUUUGCUCUUUUUUUUUAUUUGAAUUACUUUUUUUUUUCAGGUGCCGAUCCUUGAACACUCUCUAUGCUGCAUCCCCUUAUUUUAUAAACUACUCUUUGUUAUCAUACUGACAUGGCCAUGCAUCGUUAUUCCAUGCCGGCUGUUCCACCUUCUCACGACAAACUUAAUCCUCUUCACAACUUGAUGAACUAUUCAAUACCUCUUCACGAUUCCUCAUUAGCUUCAUUGCCUUCACAGUCAUACCCACGGCGAUCUAUCCAAGAUGGUGACGCCAAUACUCGGUUAAAACAGGUCGACCACGAAAUUGAUCAGCUUACCCUCUCCAACAUUCGUCUAAUGCGCGCCAAUCGUAUUCUUAAACUUGAAUGCGAUCGACUGGUCGAUCAGCAAACAAGAGAACUCAAACAAGAGAUGAACGAACUUUUGCAGCUUAAUGUACGUUUGCAACGAAGUAAUAGGUUAUUGCAAGAUGAGUUGAAUGCCAAAACGGAAGAGAUCAAUCAAUUGAAAGAAGAUCAAAUUCGGAAAAUGAAAACAGUGGGACCUGAAUAUGAGUAUUUGGUGCAGAUGAUCAAUUUACUGUAUCGACAGUUGGAAGGAAAACCGACAUGUGAUAAAACUUGCUGUUAUACCAAUCAACCGCUAAGGCAAGGUUUCUCGGUAUUGACAUUACCUCCGGAAACCGAAGUACAGAAACCUAAACCGCAGCACAUUUGUCGUCCGGUGAUCCACUCGAAUCUGUCAGGCGGUGAUUUAGCGUGCGCACUGGAAAAAGAAAACGUGGGCUUGCGACAGGAAAUCAUGACAAUGGCAGCCGAUAGAGAUGUUCUAUGCGAGAUGCUGAGAGACAAAGAGGAGGAUGCAGAAACCUUAAAGUGCGAAUUACGUAUGAAGGACGAUAUUGUGACUCAAUUGGAAAGGGACUUUGAACGAAUGGAACUAGAAGUCAUUGAUCUACAAAAGGAUUGGCGAUAUUCUGAUCGAUUAAAAUCGGAGUCAUCAUUCUCAGAUAUCCAUGCAUUCCCUAUACCCCCUCCUCUACCAAAGACGACGCCUACCAUUCACACUGUUACCACUUCCGGUGAAAGCUUUUCAUCCGGUUCAUCGCCUACAUCACCUAUGCAGGAUAGAGAUUUCUUUGCUACAAGACAAUAAUAAAGAAACAAUCAGAGCAGGGAAGAGGAGAAAGGACAAGGUGGUCAUCCAAUGAUUUUCUCACGUGAAAA